AUGACUGGCAACAGCAGCGCAGGUACCAGCAACGGCCGCAAGGGCCGCGGCGUUUCGUGGCGGCUCCAGGAAACCUUGAAUCUCCUGGACAUCUGGGGAGAGCAGAAAAUCCAGGACCAGCUCCGCAACAGCCACCAGAACAUAGACUUUUUCGAAUACAUCGCCCAGAAGAUGGCCACGCGGGGCCAUCGCCGGACCGCCCUGGAGUGCCGCUCAAAGACCAAAGUGAUGAGGCUGGAAUACAAGCGUGUGAUCGAUCACAACUCCAAGGCAGGGAGCAGUAAGGUGACUUGCCCUUUCUACGAACAGCUGCACCGCAUCCUCCAAGGCAACGCAAGCAUGAAACCCAGCCGGGUGGGGCGAACCCUGAGCUUUCACCUGGUGCCGCAGCCGGAAGCGGCGCAGGAACAGCCGCAGCCGGCAGCGGAAGAAAUCAUCCCACCCGACGUCCAUGUGGUUAAUGUCGGAGAAUACCUCAAGCAAGAGGACUCUGGUAGGUUUCCACAGCCACAGCUGCCCCGAGUCCUGCUUACGCUAUUCGGUCAUUUUAAUACAGUGGUACCUCGGGUUACAUAUGCUUCAGGUUACAUACGCUUCAGGUUGCAGACUCUGCUAACCCAGAAAUAGCGCUUCAGGUUUAGAACUUUGCUUCAGGAUAAGAACAGAAAUCGUGCUCCGGUGGCGCAGCAGCAGCAGGAGGCCCCAUUAGCUAAAGUGGUGCUUCAGGUUAAGAACAGUUUCAGGUUAAGAACAGACCUCUGGAACGAAUUAAGUACUUAACUUGAGGUACCACUGUAUUUCUCCACACCGAUAUUUAGCGAUGCCUGCUCAACAGGAUCAUUUCUAGGGAGGGAGUUAGAGUGGCAGUAUGUGUUGCGGCCUCCUCUUUCUCAAGAGAAAAUUGCCACAGUUAUAGUUUUCCUCUGUAGCGUACAGUGGUACCUUGGUUCUCAGACUUAAUCCGUUCUGGAAGUCUGUUCCAAAACCAAAGCGUUCCAAAGCCAAGGUGUGCUUUCCCAUAGAAAGUCAUGCAAAAUAAUAAUAAUAAUAAUAAUGGAUUAAUCCGUUCCAGACUUUUAAAAACAACCCCUAAAACAGCAAGUUAACAUGAAUUUUACUAUCUAACGAGACAACUGGUCCAUAAAAUGAAAGCAAUAAACAAUGUACUGCAGCCACACAAUCAAUCAAUAAGUAGCAGAACUGGGUUCCACACAGUCACAGAAACAAAACAAAAAGAGCUGCAAAAAACGCAAAAUUAGCAGACAGACAGACCUCAGCACGUGACGCUCAAAACGGAAAUGUGCCACUCAAAUUGGAAGUGUAACACUAAAAACAGAGCACGUUCAGCUUCUGAAAAAAGUCCGCAAACUGGAACACUUCCAGGUUUGCAGUGUUUGGGUUCCAAGUUGUUUGAGUACCAAGACGUUUGAGUACCAAGGUACCACUGUACAUGAAUAAACGCUAUUCUCUAUGUUAUCUUUUUCAGUCCUUGGUGGAACUGAAAUGAAAUUUGGGGGGUCAAAGUUUUUUUACCCGUUUCACUAGGCCAGCCUUCCCCAAUCUAGUUUCCCCCAGAUGUUUGGGGCUACAGCCAGUAGUCUAAACAUCCGGGGGGGGCACCAGUUUGGGGAAGGCUGACCUGGGCUAUUGGUCAUUUUUACCUGGUGAUAUCCUAUUAUUUUAGCACCUGCCAUGAAUUAUUGUUGAGGGUCAAGCAUUCAGGGGUUGGCAUGAAAGAGGAAAAAAUUAAGCCACAUAAAAAAAAAAAAAGCAUUUCUUUAUUAUUUUCUUCAGUUGCGUUACAAACCGAACCAGUCAUCUGAAAUAUUUGUAUAAGAAGUAAAGCACCACCUGUGUCUUGGGAACAUGUCUCUGUGUCUAUUUCCUUUAGCUGUUUUAACUUUGACUAUUGGUGGGUAUUUUUUCCCUGCUUGCUUUGUUCUCCAGAUGACACAGGAAUGGUGACUGGGAAUGGUACUGAGGAAGACACGGCAGAGGCUGGGGAGAACGACAUGGCAGCGAUGAAGGAGGAAGACAGCAAUGAAGGCAGUGGUAAGAGUUGGCCCCUUGAACUGUGCGUUUGGUGGGUGUGUUGCUUUGCCCUGUGGGUGCUGGAGAAAUUGCGGUGAAAAUGUUCUGCAGGGUAACUCUGCUAUGAAUCUUUUUGCUGUUUCAUUUGCAACACCCUUAAUCUUUUUGUGCAACAAUUUUUUAAAUAAAAAAACCUGUGCAUUUCUGUUGUGCAAACCCAGCUCUGCUAACCUCCAUUGGUCUCAGAUGUUUCUGUUUUGUUUUUCUCCCUGCGUUUUGCCACAGGAAGAGACCUGGAUUAUCAGAGACCCCAAGUUAACCAAAUAAGCCCCUCGCAUCAGGAUGCCCACGUCAACACAGGUACGCGUUGUCUAAAUGCAACUCUUGGUUUGGUUUUGUGUGCAACAUAAAUUUACAUUCAAGAAUAGUCACGGCUGAUGUUUUUACAGUUCCUGCAAUUGGUGUACAGUCGUACCUUGGUUUUCGAACAGCUUAGUUCUCAAACGCCGCAAACCUGGAAGUGACUGUUCCGGUUUGUGAACUACUUUUGAAAGCCAAAUGUCCGACGGGGCUUCCGUGGCUUCUGAUUGGCUGUAGGAGCUUCCUGCAGCCAAUCAGAAGCCACGCUUUGCUUUCCGAACAUUUUGGAAGUCAGACGGACUUCCGGAACGGAUUCUGUUUGACUUCCAAGGUAUGGCUGUAGCUGUUGCUUUCUUUUGUUACCAUAGUAACGAUUACUAAGUUUUUUUGAACUCUGUAUAGUCUGUUAGUCGCCUGGAGACUAUUUUCACAUUAGAUGGCUAAUAAAUAGAUGAUAAUAAUAUCGGUUCAGCCAUUUGAGAUAGAUGGAAGAAUUCAUUGUGAUCUGUGCUCAGUUACUCAGCUGAAGAAGUUCCAGCAGAUCUGGAUUCUUGAGUACAGUGGUACCUCAGGUUACAUACGCUUCAGGUUACAGACUCCGCUAACCCAGAAAUAGUACCUCGGGUUAAGAACUUUGCUUCAGGAUGAGAAUAGAAAUCGUGUGCCAGUGGCGCGGCGGCAGCAGGAGGCCCCAUUAGUUAAAGUGGUACCUCAGGUUAAGAACAGUUUCAGGUUAAGAACGGACCUCCAGAACAAAUUAAGUUCUUAACCCGAGGUAGCACUGUAAUGUGGAAAGAGCUUUGGCUCGGUUGCAUCAGGUUUUCUGGGAGUGGUGAGAUUGAGCCCAAAGUGUCCACAGCCUCUCCUUCUGCUUUCCAUCAAGUCUUUUUCACACACACACUCACGGUUGCCAGGACAUGGCUAUAAGGGACGAGGCCUUUUCCUUGACCUCAUGCUACCUCUUAAAAAUGUAGUGCAAUGGAAGCGCCUCUGCAAUCCACCUCUGGCUCAGAGCCAAGAGGGGCAUUCUGGCUUUCUCUGCGGGUGGCUGGUACAAACUGUUCCAAUGGCGGGAAGGGGUGGGGUUCUCCGUUGCUGAUGGGUUUCUGAGCAGAGGCUGGACCUCUGCUGCAGUACUGUCAUGGUUCAUGUUUAUUAAAGUCAGGAAACCUCUCGUAGACCUUUUGCACGAAAAAGAAAAAGAAAUAAUGACAUUUGGAUUUGAGAAUAGAAGAUAAUGGUUUGUAGAAAGUGGCUUUAUUAGUGGCUUUAUACUGGAGUGGAUGAAGUGAAUAAUGUUUAUAUAUAGCGGACAGAGGAAAAAUCAGAAGUUAUUUAGCUUUUUAACUUUUUUCUUUCUCUUCCUUUUUUUCUAUUUCACUUUCACUCUUUCAAUUCCUUUUUCUUUAUAUCUCCUUCCUUCCUUCCUUCCUUUCUCUCUCUCUCUCUCUCUCUCUCGCUUGCUUUUUCCUCUUCUUUACUUUGGACAAAAAAAAAGAUAUUUGACAAUAAUCUUUCUAUUUUUCUUUAUAAAUUAUUAUUAUUAUUAUUAUUAUUAUUAUUAUUAUUAUUAAGGAAUGCUGUAGUCCUUGAUUUCCUGCUUUGGUAGGGGGUUGGGCUAGAUCAUCUGACUCCAAAUAAUACUACAGUGGCACCUCAGGUUAAGAACUUAAUUUGUUCUGGAGGUCUGUUCUUAACCUUAAUCUGUUCUUAACCUGAGGUACCACUUUAGCUAAUGGGGCUUCCUGCUGCCGGUGCACCCCUGCUGCACGAUUUCUGUUCUCAUCCUGAAGCCAAGUUCUUAACCCGAGGUACUAUUUCUGGGUCAGCAGAGUCUGUAACCCGAGGUACCACUGUACAUUGUUUAUUGCUUUCAUUUUAUGGAUCAGUAGUCUUGUUAGAUAGUAAAAUUCAUGUUAACUUGCUGUUUUAAGGGUUGUUUUUAAAAGUCUGGAACCCGAGGUACCACUGUACAGUGGUACCUCGGGUUAAGUACUUAAUUUGUUCCGGAGGUCCAUUCUUAACCUGAAACUGUUCUUAACCUGAAGCACCACUUUAGCUAAUGGGCCCUCCUGCUGCCACCGCGCCGGGGGAGCACGAUUUCUGUUCUCAUCCUGAAGCAAAGUUCUUAACCUGAAGCACUAUUUCUGGGUUAGCGGAGUCUGUAACCUGAAGUAUAUGUAACCUGAAGCGUAUGUAACCCGAGGUACCACUGUACCUGUGUGGGCGAGCACCUUUUGACAAACCAUUGUUUCAUUUCUUGUUAUUAUUAUUAUUAUUAUAAAAAAGUUAAAUAAAAGUAAAUAAGUAAAUAAAUUUAUCAUUUGUAUUUCCUCCUGCCCUCAGAACCCCCCGUGGCCCACCCGCCCCCAGCCCCAUCUCCCCUGGCUGACUUUGCCAUACUGCGGCCCAAGAAGAGGAAAGGGGCCGAGACCCUGUUCCAAGAGUUGCUGCAGCAGUCGAGAGAAGAGCAGGAGGAGCUUCUCCUCGAGAUGGGCCGCGACAGAGAGGUGGCGCUCAGUCUCCUGAAGACCCUGAGGCAGGACGCGGCCGGGUGCCGGGAGGAGCGGAGGCAGAUUAUGGAGACGAUGCGCGCCCACGACGAGAUUCUGAAGGGACUCGCCGCCAGCCUCAGCAGCCUCACCGACGCCUUUGCCAGCCACCCACAGGCCAGGACACCUCGCCCCGGCGUGCCAAACAGCGCCGCGGCCCAGAGGGGCCACGCCAGGCCCAAUGACGAGAACUGCAGCCCGCGCAGCCCUCUCCGUCGGUUGCACUCCAACAACCUGUCCUCAUCGCUGUUCCCUGCCAACAACACGCACCACGUAGCCUAGCCUGGGAGAGACCAAAGAAAUGGCCGCCGCGAAUGGCAGCCACGGAAACUUGUGGGUUUUUUUUACCAAGAGACGUUUUCCAGUAAGUUUUUGAAAACAGCUUGUUGUGAAAGAACAGGUAGCUUGAAAUAAACUUGUUGCUGAAAAAGGAACUCCGGAUCACCUGUUUCUCUGCGGGCCCAUUCAUCCAACUGCUUACAGCACAAAGGUAUCUUUCAAAGGGUGUCAAACCGCCCUGGUCCAUUGGGAAAGGCAGGAGGAAAUCAUCCUUUAGUUGGGAGCCCUUAGUUGUCUAGCUAGUGCUUCCCGUGCAUGCUGAAAUAAUAACAACAACAAUAAUAGUAAUAAUUUAUACCCCACCCAUCUGGCUGGGCUGCCAACAAAAUAUUAAAAUACAGUGGUACCUCAGGUUAAGUACUUAAUUCGUUCUGGGGGUCCGUUCUUAACCUGAAACUGUUCUUAACCUGAAGCACCACUUUAGCUAAUGGGGCCUCCUGCUGCCGCUGCACCGCCAGAGCACAAUUUCUGUUCUCAUCCUGAAGCAAAGUUCUUAACCUGAAGCACUAUUUCUGGGUUAGUGGAGUUUGUAACCUGAAGCGUAUGUAACCCGAGGUACCACUGUACCGCAAUGCAUCAAACAUUAAAAGCUUCCCUAAACAGGGCAGCCUUCGGAUGUCUUCUAAAAGUCUGGUAGGUUUUCUCUUUGAGGGCGUUCCACAGGGCGGGCGCCACUACCGAGAAGGCCCUCUGCCUGGUUCCCUGUAACUUGGCUUCUGGCAGUGAGGGAACCGCCAGAAGGCCCUCAGUGCUGGACCUCUGUGUCCGGGCUCAAUGAUGGGGGUGGAGGCACUCCUUCAGGUGUACUGGACUGAGGCUGUUUAGGGUUUUAAAGGUCAGCACCAACACUUUGAACUGUGCUCGGAAACAUACUGGGAGCCAAUGUAGGUCUUUCAAGACCGGUGUUAUGUGAUCUCGGCGGCUGCUCCCAGUCACCAGUCUAGCUGCCGCAUUCGUCCAGCCCCUUGCUUAAUUAUUCUUUAUUGAAUUUAUAUACCAAGGAAUUCAAGGUGCUAUACAGGGUUUUCCUCCUCCCUGUUUCCUCUUUGCAACAAUCCUGUGAGGUAGGUUAAGGUAAGAGAUGGUGGCAGCUUCAAACACAUGUGAAAACAUAAUAGAACAUCAAACAUUAAAAUCUUACUGAUACAGGGCUGCCUUCAGAUGUCUUCUAAAGGUUGUGUAUAUCUUUACCUAAAGGGAGGGCUUUCCACAGGGAGGGUACCACUAUUAUUACUUUAUUAUUAUUGAUGGAAUUUAUAUACCGCCCUAUACCCGGAGGUCUCAGGGCGGUUCACAAAACAAAAUCAAAAUAUAAAACCAUCAAAUACCUAAUCAAAAUAAAAACAACAACCCAAUAACCUCACCCCACCCCCAUUUUAAAAGGUCAACCAACUGAACCAAAGGCCUGGUUAAAAAGGAGCGUUUUUGCCUGGCGCCUAUUGGUGUAUAGUGAAGGCACCAGGCUAACUUCCCUGCAGAGAGCAUUCCGCAGACAGGGAACCACCUUAGAGAAGGCUCUGUUCUCAUGUUGCCACCCUCUGAACCUCUUGAGGAAGAGGCACACGAAGGAGGGCUUCAGAAGAUGAUCUCAGGGUCCGGGUAGGUUCAUAUGAGAAGAGGAAGUCCCUCAGGUACUGCGGUCCUUAACUAGAGUGUUACGUCUUCCCUCUUGUUUUCUCAAACAGUUUCUGGGAUGGUUUAACAAUCCCUCUCUCCAGGGAACUGGGAAUGGUCGUUCAUGGAAUAGGGAUCUCCUGGCAACACUCUUUAACAGAUUACAUUUCCCAGGAUUCUUGGGGGAAGCCAUGCCUGUUUUAAAAUGGCGGGACACUUCUCUAAAUGUAGAGAGUCUUGUGCAUCUGUGGUUGCUGUUUUGUAUAAUUUGUUCCUUUGGAAAUAAACAGUUAAAGAGCAACUGCCGCAGAAGAGCUAUGGAGUUUCCACCCUGCGGUUUCUGUUUCUCGUAAUCACCAGCUUUCUUUUUCUCCUAAGUUUCCUGGGCUGACCCUUUGAACCACUUGGUAAAAACAGUUGCGGGGGUUAAUGAUGAUAAUUAUAUUAUUUGUGCUCUGGGUUACCCCAGCCAAACUCUGUGGCUUCCCGCAUAUAAACAAACAUAAUUAAGCAUUAAAAACCUCCCUAUACAGGGCUGCCUUCAGAAAACAACCAUCGUGUUAUCAUGGAAACCAAAUAGAGUUGGUGAGACCAUUUCACUCCUGCACAAAAACAUAUACAGUGGUACCUCGGGUUACAUACGCUUCAGGUUACAUACGACUCCACUAACCCAGAAAUAUUACCUCAGGUUAAGAACUUUGCUUCAGGAUGAGAACAGAAAUUGUGCUCCGGCGGCGCAGCAGCAGCAGGAGGCCCCAUUAGCUAAAGUGGUGCUUCAGGUUAAGAACAGUUUCAGGUUAAGUACGGACCUCCGGAACGAAUUAAGUACUUAACCUGAGGUACUACUGUACUCCCAAUUUUCCAGGUGUCUGCUGUGAGCUCUAGCUGGCUAAUCCACCGACACAGCUUUUUCCACCCUCAACUUUUAUACUUGCAAGCCGCCUGGAAGCUUCAGAGAUCUUUGACAGACCACUUCAUAAAAAAUAUAUUUAUUUACAAAAUUUCUACGUCACCUUUCUGUGAUUCUAUGAGAGUGGAUAGGGAAGGGGUUGUACCAUUGCAGUGUGGCCUGGGGCUGGUCCUGGGAUCACUAAGGUGAUUUGAGGGUAUGGAUGAGGAGCAAGAAAGGUUUGGUUCAUUUGGCAUCUCAGGCUGAGCCUACCCGAUUCACACUUUCUGAAACAGCACAAGAACUGAAAGGCAGCCAUCCUUUGAAACCCGUGCUUCUCCAGAUUUUGCAAUGCAGCUGUCCAUUUGUGCGUGCAAAAGUGCAUGCACUGAUGUAAAGUGUGCAUACAAAUGCGUAUAAUGGGUGGGAAAAACAUACACAUAAUGCGUUAUAUUAGGCAAAGUUGCUUUGCAAAAAUGUAUCGAUUUGGAGAAAGGGGCAUUAAAAUGCUAAUUAACUUUCACGAGUCCUUUAACAAUAAAAACGAAUGUGGAGAACGGAGCUUGAGAUUGGAAAAAUGAGAAACUGAAAAAGAAAUUGAGACAUUUGCCCGUCUGUACUUGAUAGACCUUUGUUCCCGGGUUUUAAACAUGCAGCUGGAAAGUCCCAAGUUUACAACUGAGAUUGGAAAUGCCAGGCUGAAGGCCAUAAAACCUUUAGUUGGCCUUACGAUAAAUCAUAUGAACCUGAAAGUGGCAAUAAGAGAAGUGCCCUUGAAAAAUGGGCUGUAUCCCUCUAGAUUGGAGCCCAAUCCAUAUUAUACAUUUAAAAUAGCACCAUACCCCUCUAAACACCCUCUAGAAUAGCACCAUUUCCCCUCAUAAAAUUCUGGGAACCGGAGUUCGUUUAGGUUUCUGAGAAUUGUUAGAUGAAACGAACCCUGUUCCCCUCACAGAGCUUCACACAGCUUCCUGUGGGAAUGAGAGCUCUGUGUGGAGACCUAGAGAAGUCCUAGCAAUUCUCAGCCACCUUUAUCAUAAACGACAGAUCUUUUACGGGGUUCUUUCGAGGGGCUAGCCAUGACUGUUCUAAAGUCUAGACUGCUUUGAGUCUAUAGUGCAGAUGUGGCCUUCGUUCCCGUGCAAGUCAAUGGGCCUGAAGUCAUGGCACAUGGUGUCCCAUUGAUUCCAGUGGGAACAUACAACUGGGCAGACUGGGGGAUUUUUUCUGCCUCCAAGCCCCUCUGGAAAAGGGUGCCUCGCUGGCUGGCUGCAGAGAGCGCAGCUGAACUGCUUUUUGGAGGAAGUGUCGAUGUCACCCGUCGGCUUUCCUCAUUGACUUUGUGGGCUCCUGUGGUUGAGCUAGAGGACCCGCACAGCCCCUUCCAAUGCUACAGUUCCUUUUUUAAAAAGAUUCUUUAUUACAAAACAAUUUACAUAGAACGUAAACAAAAUGGAAAACAACAUAAACAGACCAUAAAAGGUAAAGGGACCCCUGACCAUUAGGUCCUGUCGUGGACGACUCUGGGGUUGCGGCGCUCAUCUCGCUUUAUUGGCUGAGGGAGCCGGCGUACAGCUUCCGGGUCAUGUGGCCAGCAUGACUAAGCCGCUUCUGGCGAACCAGAGCAGCGCACAGAAACGCCGUUUACCUUCCCGCCGGAAUGGUACCUAUUUAUCUACUUGAACUUUGACGUGCUUUCGAACUGGUGGGUUGGCAGAAGCAGGGACCGAGCAACAGGAGCUCACCCCGUCGCAGGGAUUCGAACCGCCGACCUUCUGAUCGGCAAGCCCUAGGCUCUGUGGUUUAACCCACAGCACCACCCGUGUCCCUCCUGUGCAUAAAGGUACCAACCCCUUUUUUGCAUCUCCAGCAAAUGUCAGAGCUUUUCUUGGGCAUCUUGGCCAGUUUGGCCGGGGUCAGAUACUAUUGGUACAGCGUUUUCAUUAGGUUUUCUCUCAAAUUAUAACGUGCGGUGAACCUUAUGUCUUCUCUCCACGCUGCAUACAGUUCCAUGAGGAGGCUUCUCUGCCCCCCAGGCAGCCACCCCCUCACAUCUUUCCAGGGUGCCCCCUGAGGCAACCACCUCGCCUCUCUUUCCCCCCAAUAACUUAGCUCAUAAAUAUAGGCUUGUUUGAGCACUUACGUCCGCUUACGUAAGAUACGACCAUUUAUGAGAAAUGCAAAACCGAUAAGCAAAGGUUUCGUUUUGCAGAGCUUGGCCUUGCCAAAAAGUCCGCUGAGCAAACAGUUAGGAUUGCAUCGGAUGGAGUAGUAUCAAGGGCAGGCUAUAAAACCACCUGAGGAGAGAGGCGGUGAGAAACAUUGAUGUGGAGUCUCUGCCUGGAGGCUGCUGUCAACUUCAGAGACACGGAAACUUGAAGACUGGAGAGGUCCGAUUAGCCAGCAGGUCUGUUUAUUCCGCUGUUUCGUGUCCUAUUGUGGAUGGAAGUGUGGUCUGAGUUUCCCCCGGCAGCCUCAUCUUGUGGCUUUGCUUGAUAUCCCGAGUCUGCCUUGGCCUUUGUAAGUUCCCUUGUAUGUGUGCGCGAUAACUGCAAAUGUGCAUUUUGCGGCGAUGCCUCCGGUUGUCUUGAGUUAUCCUCUGCCUCAAAGCAAAAAGGUUUCACAGACAGAGGAGUUCUGGGUCUGGGAUCAAGGUAAGGAGGAAGGAGCAAGAUGCAAAUAUAUUUAUUUGUUUGUUUGUUUGUUUGUUUGUUUGUUUGUUUGUUUGUUCGUUCGUUCGUUCGUUCGUUUAUUGUGUGCUUACUUGCUUACACUCUGCACCUUCAAAAAGUUCCUAUUUUGUUUUUUUUACCCCCCCCCAAUCAUUUAAUUUUAAAAAUAAUUUAUAUACCUCCUUAAGUACCACAGUUUCUAAGCAACAUACAAAACACAGAUACAGCAAUAAGAAAUAGCACCUUAUAAACGGAAAACCUCAAGAAUAUUAAAACUUUGCAGAAUAGAAAAGCAGGAUAAAAGCACAGUGGAAUUUAGAACAUUUAUAAAUUCCCAUUAAUGGGUCAUAUUUGCUGAGACUGGUAUUUUUUUAAAAAAAAUAAAAAAGCAGUUUUGGGAUUUAUGCUGGGAAGCAGUAGUUUUUCUAGUUUUUUGUCUGUCCCCCCAAAAACCAGUGAUUCUCAGACUUCUUCCUCACUCCCAUAGACUACUUGAAAAUUGCUGGUGGUCUUAGCAGACCAGUGGAUUAUUUUAAUUAUUUUUCCUGUUGUAGCUAUUGUAAUCAUAGCUGUCAACGUUCCCUUUUUUUGGCCGGAAAUUCCUUUAUUCCCACUGCUAUCCCGGAUUGUUAGAUAUCCCAUAGACUGUCCCUGGGACAGGUGAGGCUGCUGAUCCCUUAUUUUCAAAUCUGAAAGUUGACAGCUAUGAUUGUAAUUUGCUAGGUUUUUCACUGUAUUUUUACAGCUUCUUUCAUUUCUUACAUUGCAUUUUGCUUCGUCACCGUUUGCAUUCCGUAGAAUUAAAAAAAACCUGUAAAACAACAAAAAUGCACGGCAAGAAAUAAAAUAAGCAAUCGAACGUGCAGUUAAUAAUCAAGAUGAACACUUAAUGUAGAGAUGCCAUGGACCACCAGAACGAAGUUCACAUAUCACAGUUUAGGAAACCCUGUGCUAACCUAUUAGGAAUAGAGGAGCAGCUGUUUAUUAUGGAAUGGCAGUUCUUGGGGGGGGGGGCAAAAUGAAGUUCUGAUUGUGUUUUUCCUCACUAGAGUAAUUUAUAUGGCCACAGAACAGUCCUCCCCACCCCUUUUAAGACCACCUAGUCCAGGGUUUCUUAAAAUUACUUUGCAGCACCACAAUCUUCAGGGACAAUGGUUACCUAGGUAAAGGUAAAGGGACCCCUGACCAUUAGGUCCAGUUGCGGACGACUGGGGUUGCGGCACUCAUUUCGCUUUACUGACAGAGGGAGCCGGCGUACGGCUUCCGGGUCAUGUGGCCAGCAUGACUAAGCCGCUUCUGGCGAACCAGAGCAGCGCACGGAAACGCCGUUUACCUUCCCGCCGGAGUGGUACCUAAUUAUCUACUUGCACUUUGACGUGCUUUCAAACUGCUAGGUUGGCAGGAGCAGGGACCGAGCAACGGGAUCUCACCCCGUCGCGGGGAUUUGAACUGCCAACCUUCUGAUCGGCAAGUCCUAGGCUUUGUGGUUUAACCCAUAGCGCCACCUGUGUCCCUUAAUGGUUACCUACUCUAGUUUAAAGCUCAUCCUAUUAUGGAGUUUCCUUAGGGUGCCUCCAGGCAGGAGUCUGCUGUGAGAUUGGAGCCUCUCAUGGUUGCAGGACUUUCACAGUACCCACAGGAUAUCAUUGGCCAGUCCAUAUUCCCCCACCCCCUUUAAUCCGUAUUUGCCCUUUCCAAGGAAAAUCCCAUAGAAUCUGUUACCAGCACUCUGCUUGCAAUACUCUACCAGCAUGUUUGUAGUGCAGUGGUACCUCGCGUUACAGAUGCUUCAGGUUACAGACUCCGCUAACCCAGAAAUAGUGCUUCAGGUUAAGAACUUUGCUUCAGGAUGAGAACAGUAAUCAUGUGGUGGCAGCACGGCAGCAGCAGGAGGCCCCAUUAGCUAAAGAGGUGCUUCAGGUUAAGAACAGUAUCAGGUUAAGAACAGACCUCCAGAACAAAUUAAGUUCUUAACCCGAGGUACCGCUGUAUUAAGCUCUCUUCUGGAAGCGCCCGUACUGUUUCACUUUGACUUUCAGUUCAGUAAAAGGAAUGCUGUUGUAGGUGUAGCUGCUGCAAACCUCUUUCGGUUAUCGCUUCUGAGCACGUCUGAAGUUAGCCAUGGACCGAAGGAACCUAUCGACACAUCUGGCUGGCAAAAGUACCCCAUGUUGUCUCCUUAACCCAGGGGUAGGCAACCUAAGGCCCGGGGGCCGGAUGCGGCCCAAUCGCCUUCUCAAUCUGGCCCACAGAUGGUCCGGGAAUCAGCAUGUUUUUACAUGAGUAGAAUGUGUGCUUUUAUUUAAAAUAUUGCUUUGCGGGCUCGCGAAGGAACGGGGGAGCUUACAUGACACGGCUGCGAUAUAUGACAUUGCAUUAAGUUGCAGAACCACCACUGCAGCGUAAAAACUAGUAAACACCACCCACAUGCUGAAAAAGCAAUAGAAUAAUGCAAAGGAACUCUCACUGUCCCCUACAAAUGCGCACAAAUGGGAGAUACUGGUGAGAAGAGUUUAACCAUAAUACUGCCGCCGCGCGGUUUCUGUUCUCAUCCUGAAGCAAAGUUCUUAACCCGAGGUACUAUUUCUGGGUUAGUGGCGUCUGUAACCUGAAGCGUCUGUAACCUGAAGCAUCUGUAACACAAGGUACAGGGUUGGAGAAAGUUCCCAUCAGGCAGCAUAGUCAAUGUUCAGGGAUGAUGGGAACACCUGAAGGGCUGAAGGUCUCCCAGCAUUUCUGUAAAUGGACCGUUCCUUUCCCUCAGGGUUGGGGAGGCAAAGAAAGAGGAGGUGACCCGGAAACUACAACUAAUCCAGAAUGCGGCAGCUAGACUGGUGACUGGGAGUGGCCGCCAAGACCACAUAACACAUGUCCUGAAAGACCUACAUUGGCUGCCACUACGUUUCCGAGCACAAUUCAAAGUGUUGGUGCUGAACAUUAAAGCCCUAAACGGCCUCGGUCCUGUAUACCUGAAGGAGUGUCUCCACCCCCAUCGUUCUACCUGAACACUGAGGUCCAGCGCCGAGGGCCUUCUGGCGGUUCCCUCACUGCGAGAAGUGUGGUUACAGGGAACCAGGCAGAGGGCGUUCUCGGUAGUGGUACCCACCCUGUGAAAUGCCCUCCCACAAGAUGUCAAAGAGAACAACAACUACCAGACUUUUAGAAGACAUCUGAAGGCAGCCCUGUUUAGGAAAGCUUUUAAUGUUUAAUAGACUAUUGUAUUUUAAUAUUCUGUUGGAAUCCGCCCAGAGUGGCUGGGGAAACCCAGCCAGAUGGGUGGGGUAUUGUUGUUAUCCGUUUGCUUCAGAUUAAAUGUUUUGCCUUGCAGGAUUCAUGCCACACCACAGUCAUGGGAAGGACUGACCUCUGAGUGA